AUGGUACCUACAGAGUCCGUACCAAAGCUGCCCCUGAGCACGCCCGGCCCAACAUUGACCAUGUCGAAGGCAUUCAACGAUAGCACAACAGCAACAGCAACAGCAACAGCAUCAGCAGCCCUCCCUCGCUCCUACUCCUCGCCCAGUAUCUCCUCCAAUUUCGUCAAUGUCACACAGCCAGAGAUCCUGCAGAACGACCAACUCCCCAGGUCGGCAAGCUACAGCAGCAACCUCUUCUCCCCGGAUGGAUCAUGCACGGCACAGAAGGAAGGAGUCGUGGCUGCAGAAGGGAGGCCAACGGAGCUGCAGCGCUCGCAGACGGCAGGCAUAGGGAUACAGCGGAAGACUACAAACCGCUUGACGGAGGAUGAGCGCCCCAAACUGCAGAGGAUCGGGAGGAGGAAGUCCUUGGUUCAGCGCCCAAAGUCGUGGAUCCAGAGUCUGAAGAGUGGAUCCCCAGAAAGGCAGAAAGAAGCCGGGACGCUCGUCACAGCACCAAGCGAUGCCCCUCCCGUACCUGCAAUUUCGAAGGCCAUCCGGGACAAGGAAAGCAAGACGACGAAGACCGUAUCAGAGUCGUUCGCGAACUUUGCGAGGAAGUCAUGGAUGAAUUCCUCGAGAUCACCAUCUCCGAAUCGUACCAUGUCUCGAGAGGCAGAAGGCAAUGAGAAGAUUGCUGAUGACUCGAAAAUGACGGGCCAGCCUGUGAAUACCACCCCGAAACUCGACCAGUCACAUUCGCCCCCUUCCACAACUGCUGCGACCACAACCGCUGCCGACAGCCCGCCCACGCUUCUUCGAACGGUGUCGACUUUGCGGAAGAUGAAACAGAGGCCAGCAAGUGUCCUAAUGACUUUGACAGGUUUCAACUCGACGAACUCUUCGGCGAGUAGCUUACCGAGAAGCUCUUUGGAUAACAGAUCGACACCUCGAACAUCGACUGAUAAAGUGCCACCCUUGCCAAAGAAGCUGUCCACGGACAAGAAUCCACGUAGCGCUGCUGACAUUCCGCCUCGCAAGCGAGACGAGCUCUGGCCAGCCUUUCGGUCUUUGGAGAACGAUCACUCCAAGUUCCAAUCUAAGAGCUGGUCGUUGAAGACGAACGUAGUCCGUUCAUCACUCCUGCCGUUUCUUCGCAGCCAUGCGUCACAUCCCUCGAAUAAGAAUCUGAGACCCGAAGACCUCGACCGCAGAGUGAUCAUUUUGAAUAAAUGGUGGACUGGGCUUUUGGAGGUCUUGGAUGGGAGACAGAACCAGACUGUCAGCGGGCUGGAUCGCCCUGUUCUCUUAGAAGCUUGCUACGAAAUUAUGAUAAGGCCCGAAUGGCGGCUGUCACCAUCUCAAUUUGCCCCAUUGGCAGAGCGCGUUCCCAAUCCAUCUCCCGAAAGGCGUCCCCAAUCGAGGAAGAAAUCCUCAUCCAACUCUUCGAGCUCCUCGGCCUCCCAGUUUAUGGCCGAGUCCGUCUACCACAAUACCUGCAACCUGUUCAUCCAAAAUCUCCUAGCUCAGAUGACUUUCGUUGUUGAUAAGAUGUCCUUGAGACAUGCUCCCGCAAGUCUGGUAACGUUCUGCGGAAAAGCAGCUGCGUAUGCUUUCUUUUUUGUGCCCGGUGUCGCUGAAAUGUUGGUCCGAAUAUGGAAAUUGGAAGCAGAUAUCCUGAAACGUGUUUCGGAUGUACUGAAAAUGCCAAGGAGAGCCAAUAAGCUGGAGCUGGAUCAAGUUAAUGCUGCGUUUCCUGCCCAUAUACGGUCGCUGGCAUGGACGUCUGUGAAGACAAUGAUAACCCAGCUGCGGCAUGAUCCCACGUUGCCGGUGAUGGCAACAAAGAUACAAUGGCACGGGCCUUGGGCUGCUCGCUGGUGUGGACGAGAUAGUGGUUUGUUUUUCGUGUUCGUGAAGCAUUAUCAUGUACUGGCCGAGGAGUUCCUGCCGUCAGGUCUUCCUCUCGUUGAGAAAGGUCGCGCUCCAGGCUUCAUGUUGGUUCUGGCCCAAGUACUUACAGCGCUCGAUGCAACUGUCCAUAGACAGCCAGCAGCUGAUCCGUUACCAAUCACGUUCGACGAUGUUCUUGCAGGUGCCGAUGCGAGUGCUGCCGCUCUUCCCUUGCCAUCGACCAACUCUGCGAGGCUCAUGGCUGAAAACCGCCUGAUCAUGCUGUUGCGAGACUUCCUACCAGAGAAACCCUCGGAUUGUAAUGCUGCGCGGAAAACUUUUGCUGAGGCGUUUGGGAAGAUGAUGAAAGCCUCGGCCGCAAGAACGUCUCUGUUUGACCACAAUUCUUGCUUUGUGCUUCUGGACUUCGCCGAGGAAGCAUUAAACAUCUAUGUUCGAUUUUCAUAUGCGCAUGAUCUUGAGUGGGAUUACAUUGAUUGGCCGUUUUGGUUGACUGUCUGCAAGAAGAUGCUGGAAAGCCAGAACACCAUGUCAGAGAUACGCCUUUUCGCCUUUCUCUAUGGUUCUUGGCAUCUGAUUACAGCUGAUGAGCGUCGAAAGGAGAUCAUGUGCUUGCAGUGGCUGUUGUCGGAAGAGACGUUCGAUAGAUUUUUUAACCAUUGGUGUCCAAUGGUCAGAGCGUACUUCAUGCGGCUUUUGUGUUGGCGACUCUGUCGGGACGAAGGAGAAGCCAGUGACUUGGAUACGAAAAUAUUCUCGAGGCUAUCUAUCCGACUCAAAUCUAAUUGGGCACAUCACCUCUUUCUCAAACAGUGUGCCGAAGAAGCACGCAUCCUUCCACCAUCGACAACACCAUGCUGUCCAGCUCCCGGCCGACGUCUAUUGAUCAUUCGAAACGACAGCCAGAUACAAGCUGCAAGUCUCCUUCUCGGAUUUGACGGUAUUGUCAACUCAUUGUCUUCCCAAGGAACCCCCGGUGCCAACCUAGCCGCGGCAUCAACGAGGUCAUCUCUUGCUGCCACCCCCCAAUCUGAGGCUGCAGAUGCUGCUGUCAAAGCCAAGAUCUUAAGCGACCCAUCACCUCCCGCGCCGAACAAGAGACGAUGGACAUUCCUGGGCAAGGCCAUCCCCAUCCCCUCAUCCUUCACCUCUACCCCCGAGACUGAUCCCUCCGAGGCCCGGGCCUCCAGCCCAACAAAUUCACUUGAAGAAGCCCGACUACAGACAGCAACCGCUCGUUCCCGGCCAACGAUGCACUCCAAGACCUCCAGUACCGACAGCGACACACCACCUGCAACAUCCACACACCGCGUCUUUUCCUUCAAGUUCUCGCUAGAAUGGUCGCAGCAUUUCGAAAAACCAGCCAGCAGCUCUCCCCAACAGGGCCCUCGCAUGGCACCAGGCUCCGAACGCCGCAUGAUGCCUCCACGCCUCCCAACACCGGCUCAAGCUUGGAUAGGCGCUAAAGUGCCAGGCAUGAGUCAGGAGAUCGCACCUAGGGAUCCGAAGCUUGAUGAUCUCCCUGGGGGCGAGAGGGUGAGGAGAGCCAAGUACGCUGGGCGGGCGCUCGCGGAGUGGGCUCUUGUGGUAGUGGAGUGCAAUAAUUUCGUAGAUAGACGGAGAGCCGAGGGCGUACCGGGGUUGAAGUGGGUAGAAGUACCCACUUUAGGUGUCGAGGGGUUUAGACGCUUCAAUUGA